UAUUUUCAGUGCCUUUGCAGCGAUUCUCAUUUCUUAGGUUUUAAUCCUGUUUUGGAUUUUUGUUUUGCUUUGGGUUUGUUUUUCCCUCGCCCCCCCCCCCCCCCGCUUUUGGCUGCUCCUUUCCGUUUAGAUCCUUAUUACAGGCGACUCCAGUGCGACUAACUCCUUCUCCUGUUUCUCAUGGUCAAACAUUGACCAAACAAACUUAAUCAAGAUUGAAGUAAUCGAGUAAACAACAGCAACAACACUGAUUCGGCCGUGGAACGUUCCCGGGAGGGAAGCAUUGUGACGUCAGCGCACCUACUAAUCCUCCCAAUUGAGGGGGAGCCUGGAGCCAUGAGGUCAUCGUAGCGGCCGGUGUAGCCAUCCGGGCGGCGGCAGCGGCGGGGGAGGGGAGAGCAGAGCAGAACGGGCAGAGGGCCCAAGCGAGGCCGACUGGGAGCCUGCCGCGCUCCAGCUGUACUGAGGCGGACGCCGAGCUCCUGCAAGCAUGGAGGAGGCUGAGGCGAAGGAGCUGCAGGUCGGCUCCUGGCUACCCGUGCUGGUGGAGCAGAUGGUGAACGACACGUUGGUGGUCACCUUGAGCUGCGGGGAGAGGCGCUUCACUGGGAUCCUCCUGGACUGCACUAAAAAGUCUGGCUUGCUCUGUCUUCCACCACCUUCGUUGCCAAAGCAAGAGGACCCUCCUACUGAUGCUUGCACUAACUGGAUUCCUGAAAACAGACGGGCUGCGAAGGGUGAGAUGGAGUCCCAGCUUUCUAGUGAAAAACCUCCCAAAGGAAACAAUGAUGAACAGGUUCCUCCUCUUUUGCCACCUCCAUCGCCAGGCAAUGUUCCUCCUUACCCGCCCUAUUUUGAGGGAGCUCCUUUUCCUCCUCCCUUAUGGUUAAGACACACAUAUAACCAGUGGGUUCCUCAGCCACCACCAAGGACUAUAAAGAGGACAAAAAGACGGUUGUCACGAAAUAGAGACCCAGGAAGGCUUAUCAUGAGCACUAUUAGGCUGAGGCCCAGGCAAGUGCUCUGUGAAAAAUGUAAAAAUACUCUGAACCCAGAGGAAGUGAACUACAAAGCCAGGCAAAAUGCUAAAACAAGGAGGAAGCUAAGCAUUCAGGAUAAGGAGCAAAAAAAACACAGUGAUUCUGAUUCUGUAGAGAAAAGGAACAAAAGAGAAAAGAGGGAGGAAGACAAAUUUUCUGGGGAAUUAGUGCAUCGAACUCCAGUUAUAAAAAUAUCCUACAGCACACCACAAGGUAAAGGUGAAGUAGUGAAAAUUCCCUCCCGGAUUCAUGGAUCAGUUAAACCAUUUUGUCCACAGCGGAUAUUGCAGAAUGGAGGGGAGGACCAAGAGGAGAACCGAGACUCUGAACGAUAUCAGGAAACCAAAUGUUUUAUGGAUAAGUCGGCAAGCAGCCAACUUGCUUCCAUUCCAAAACUGAAAUUAACUAGGCCUGUGCAUUCCAAUGCAGAUGUUCCACCUCCAAAAAUCAGACUGAAACCCCAUCGAAUAAAUGAUGGUCAGAGUGUUUCCAUUUAUAAAGCAGAACUUAUUGAUGAGAUAAAUGUCCUUCAGAGUAGCAGAGAGUCCAAUCCUGCUGCAUUUUACACUGAUGAAUCUGCAGAUAGAAGUUUAGCAGAGAUGUCUUCAGGGAGUUCAGGUGAAGAUGAUGACUUCAAAAGAUUUCCCCAAGGUAAAGAUGGACAUGAUAACUUGGCUUUUCUUAUGAAUUAUCGUAAAAGGAAGGCAGAUUCUUCUAGUUUAUCAGUGUGUAGCAAUGACAGUCUAGAUGAAUCCAAAUCCUCUAGUUCAGAAGUAACAUCACCAGAAAUGUGUGACUUUUUACCUGGUGAUGAUGCAUCUGUUUCUUCAUCUUCAAAAGAUGACCGUAAAAUUGUGCCACCAUUAACAGUUAGACUACAUACACAGAGUGUCUCUAAAUGUGUCACUGAAGAUGGAAGAACUGUUUCAGUGGGGGAUAUUGUUUGGGGUAAAAUUCAUGGUUUCCCAUGGUGGCCGGCACGUGUUCUUGACAUAAACCUUAGCCAGAAGGAAAAUGGAGAACCUUCCUGGCGAGAAGCUAAAGUAUCAUGGUUUGGUUCUCCAACAACCUCAUUCUUAUCUGUUUCAAAACUCUCUCCUUUCUCUGAAUCUUUCAAACUGAGAUUUAAUCGUAAGAAGAAAGGGAUGUAUCGGAAAGCUAUUACAGAAGCUGCAAAGGCAGUAGAGCAUCUGACCCCAGAAAUAAGAGAUCUCUUAACCCAGUUUGAAACAUAACUUUGCCUCCAGUACCAGGUAACAGAAGAUAAGAACACAGCUGUUCUCCUAGAGUUUCAUGAAGUCUGUAAACAUCCUGACAUGCUCCCCAGGAGAAUCUUGAGGUUGCCAUGCAGAUGACAGCAGGAUGAGUUUCCUUGUCAGAUUGCACUGCUUAUCUGUGAAGGGUGACGGGCACCUGGACUGGAGUUAGGAGACUCUUCUGGUGCGAGGCUGACAGGAAAGUCUUAAGGAUAUCUAACCGAAAACAAGGGAAUUGAAAAGUAAAGCAGUGAACUAGGAGAAUAGUGAAUACCACAACUUGGAAUGUAUUUAUUACUUAAAACUAGCUACUCUUGAUAAAAUCCCAAAAAAUAUUGCUGCUGCUUAUUUUACUUACAGAUUUCACACACUUGUUAAUUUUAAAGCUACAAAACUUUUACUCUAUACUGUAUUCUAAGAAAUGUAAUUGGAGCAGGACAUGCAAUAGAAUGAAAUCAGUGUAGUGUCUUAAGUACAAUGGACUCACUUUUGUGUCAAUUAAAACAUGGAAAAUGUGCAACACAAUUAUGUGGCCAUUAUUGUGCACACUUUAAAGCUUUUCAGUGAUGUUUACUGCAGAGCUGAGAUAAUUAAGAACACUAUGAUUUCAAGCAUAUAAACAAGCAAUCAACUAGUAAUUCGGAUUGUGAGGUAUUCUAGAUUAAUCUGUGCAUCUUUCAGUGAUCCCUACACAUAUGCUGUACAUCCUAGAUGCAUUUAUCCGAAAUGCACUGGGGUGGCUAUUCACCUAAUGCAGUUCAUUAAUGAACUUAAUCUUGCAUUCACACUUUUCUCUUCAACCAGUGUAGCUUGUGGCCCAUUGAGAGUACAUGCUGAUUGAUAGGGAAAGGAUUUUUCCACCCUUAACAUUGCUGAUAGUGACUGGUACUCUUUUUGAAAUGUUUAAAACAUUAAAGAAUGAAAGCCAAUUUAAAAAUCAACUGAAUUACAGUGAAGUUUGGGUUGUUUUUAGUAUCACUUAAACAAUAGCUUGGAUCUGAUCUUCCUUUUAUAUAACUUAAAAAAAAAACCCCACCCAAUAGCUCCAGUAUCUAGUAACAUCUAGUAAUAUCUGUGAUACUCAUUUUAGAAUGGGGAGGAGAGUUCAAAAUUGCCUACUACAGUUAACGUGGCUUGUAUAUACUAGAAUGAAACUAAGCGAAGUGUCAUUACAACAUAUGCUAUUUUGUAUUUUUUUUUUCAUAAAACCUUAGUCCAUGUCCCCUUACCAAAAAUAAAAAUAUACAGUUAGGUUUGCUAACUCGGAAAUAUUAAUGGAAAGAGACAAAUAAAAGCUCAUGUUUUUUCUUGGCUCCCAUUGGUUCUUUAACAAUAUGAUGUUUCUAAUGGCUAAUAUUAAAGGGGCUAAAUUUUAAAACCUUUUCAAAAAGAAAUCCAUUGUACAUAAACAUUAUGAGCACCAUAGAUAUAGUGAGGUAGACACACAUGUCUGAAAAUGUAAAAAGUUUGUUUUAUGUUUGUAUAUGCUGUUACUCUGAAUUUCACUUAUUCAGACAAUGAACGUGAACUAGUCAUUUGUACUAGUGUGGUAAGUUUCUAAUUUAACUAUAUUUCCCUUAACCAAAUACUGAUUUGUAAGAGUGGCAGUUCUCCCCCCCCUUUUUUUUUUAGGAAAGUAUGUUUUUUUUAAAUUGUUUUUAAAAAAAACUUCAGCUAGACUUAAAUAUGAUGUCAGAGUCAAUUUUUUCCAAACUGAAAUCAGUUAGUCAUGUAUAGACUCAAUCAUUUCCCAUUAACAAAUUCUUAAUGAUAAAAAGUGUAGUAAAGAAUAACUUAAAGUAGCAUUGCUUUAAAUAGAGAUGUUUUAAUGGGUAAAUAGAUAUGUGCAGAUCUUUUCAAAACUAUUUUAGAUUACUCUCUCAAUGUGUCCCAACCUCUAUUUGGUUUGGAAUUCUAGUACUUGUUUCAUCCACAGAUAACUACAUUAGGUGCAAAUUAUGGGACUGGCUUUUACAAAGCUAGCAUCGCCUAUUUGCAAAGAGGGUGAGGUAUGGGCGAGAGAAGCCUAGAAUCGUAGAAUAUUAGGGUUGGAAGAGACCUCAGCCUGUCUCAGGAGAUCAGAGAGACCUCAGAAGAGCAAAGCCGCUUCCUCUUACCUUACAUUUUUAAUUUUUGAGCAGAGACACUUAAGUAUUUUUUAAUGCUCAGCAAAAAUACACAAAUAUUCUCAGCAAAAAUACACAAAUAUUCCAAAGAAAUUUUCCCCAACAAACAGCUGUGACCAUGAGCCACAGAAUCUUAAUAUGCAAACUAAGAUGCAACACUGAACAGAGACUCUUGCAAGGCCCAAUUCUGGCUACCCCAAAAUGGUGCAAGAGGACAGCUGCAUAUGAAGAAAGGGAAGUGUUUCUGCACAUUGUAUAACUGCAUGUCAAAGCAGUUGUGCUUACCUGUUUACUUAAUGUCCCCAUCUUGGGAGAUGAGGUAGGCUGCUUGGCUUCUAGGUUAAGCUCCCCUUACCCCUUUCUUCUUCACAGGCUUGUGUGCAUGGAGUUUUGCAGUGUUUUCUAGAGCUGCAUUUAAGGCUGGCUAUGUGCUUUGUGUAGUGAUCUUCUACUGUCUGCUCACACAGUUCCUCUUGAUCCUAUUGCACACCAGCCAAAAUGUGGUAUAAAGACUUUGGGCUGUAGCAUUACAGCAGUUAACUGUAGGGAAGUUUUAAAAUAACUUGUCCAUAAAAACAUGUUCAAAUGAAACUUCUUUUCCAGUCUGUAAUAGUAAGUUAAGGGCUGUUUCUACCUGCCUUUCUGGAAAUGUAAAGGGAGCACUCACUUGCUAUUAGUGAUGCCAAGAAUAGCAGGUGAGUAAUUCUUGCUGUUUGCUAAACUUCUCAUGAAACCAAGUGAGACCAGAAAUACACAGGUAGAAGCAUGCUCACUAAGGCUGGUACUAUUUUCAUAGAUUUCACUCAAAAUGUGAUUCCCUGCCCUCCUUCCUCCCAGCAGAUAGUCAAUCUCCACUGGGGGGAAAGUAGUGAUACUUAAGACAGUGUUUUGCUUUGGAUUUGCAAUAGUGCUGCGUAUGAAUACAGAGAACCUGAAAUAGCCAAAAGUUUGAGAAGUGAUUUAAGAUAAAUGUAGUAUCUGUUCUUCUUCAACAUCUGAAAUGUUUCCUGGGUAGAGAGCCUAAAUUAAGUAGAAUUUUGAAACUGGGACAUGGAGUAGGAGCUUAUUCUAUUUCCUUUCCUUUCCUCCACCUCCCCCCGUUUCCCCCCCGCAAAUGAAGUGACCUAGCAUUGCAGUGCAUUUUCAGGAACAGCAUGUGUGCACACUUCUUCCCAAAAAGCCUGACGUGUGCGCCAUUUAAUGGUAACCUGUGUAUCUUCUGCCUGGCCUGGAUAAGGCACCAAUCUCUUAACACAGAGUUGAGUGCACGUGACUUACACAGCACUUCUGAAAUUGUUAGGCCAUUUUUAGCUUAAGAUGACCUUGUAGCAUUCCCAUUUCCUUCUGUAAGUAAAGGCUGAUGUAAUUAACAGUCCUUCCAGUCUCCAGGUAAAUCCUCAGCAUUGGUUCCUGCUCCAGGUGGAAGGCUUGGUUUCUUAUUGUCUUCCUCCACGUGCCACACGUGAAGGGCUAUUGCAUAUUGUAGCUUUUGCCCAUAUGAUAUUAAAGAGGUAGCCUGGCAUACACCUGCAAUAAUGCAAAUGCUCCAUGAAUAAAGCAGAGCAGGUGAAAGCUCAACAUUGUGCGUGACAGUACUUAAAGUUUGCCACUUUAUAUUGAAUUUAGCCAUAAAGUGUUUCCACCAAAAAAAAAAACAAAACCCCAACCCUAAGUUGUGUUUAGAGUUGCAUGACUACAUCAAGCAGAAAAGUAAUUUCAUUUGCCAACAGCACAAUUCCAGGAAGCAGAGCUUGGUGUUUAAACCUUUCAAGGCUUCAUACUUUGGUACUAGAAGAGGAUCAGACGUAUUCUAGCAUACCAGCCUUUGCAAACAAUAUUCCAGCCAAAACUCAACUUGGAAUCUACAUGUGGGAAACUGAAAAGCUGGCUCAGUUGGCCUGACUGAAAAGAUCCAUCCUGCAAUUUUCGUUUGUCCUGGUGCUAAAAUCUUGCAAGACUUACCAAAAAAAAGUGCAAGACUUACCAAAUCUGGAUUUUUUAUUUUAAUGCUGUUCACAGUAAUUCACAGUGACAGAUGCAGAAGCAUAAACCCAGAGAACAUACCUCUAUAUCAUGCUGAAGUGAAAUUUACUCACCUGAACAAAAAUUGCCCUACAGUAGAAGUUCCUGAGCACUUUAAAAUUUGUUGAAAUUUGUUUAAAGUAAUAUGUAGCGUAGCAUUUGGGUCUUGGAUGGAUUUAUUUAUUUAUUUAUUUAGAACAGUUAAAGCCUCAUUAGGCUAAAAACUGAAUGGAAAUUCUCCAGAUAUAUCAAACAUUUACUAUCACUUCCAUAAAAUAUUUUUAAUGCUAGCCACUGAAGUGUGCUUAUGCAAUUGUGUUCUGUGAAAUUCCACAUUUUGCUCUAUUUAAAAAAAAGCCCCUUUAAUUUAAAAAUUUAUAAUAAAAAAUAGGUUAAAUGUAUAUCCCAAGUAAACUAGUGAUUUUUCUAAAAACACUCUGAACAGAUUUUUUUUUGCUUUUUUUCUAGUAAUUGGACUCAAUAUUUUUCUUAAGUUUCUUUAGUAUUGUCUUGUCUAAUCAAUAUCAUAGGCACAUCCAUUGUCUGUUUUUGUUUUUCUUAAGAGUUUCAGCUCUACUUCUGUAAGCCUUAAAUUGAACAGUCCUGUUGACUCAGUUUGAAUAAAUCUUGACUAUUUGAAGUUA